AUGAUUUCCAAAUCAACAAUGGCCGAUCGCGAACGUCCUGCGAAAACCCCCAUCAGGGUCGGUUUUUACGACAUAGAGAGGACCAUAGGCAAAGGAAAUUUUGCCGUUGUUAAGUUAGCCAGACAUCGAAUAACGAAGACUGAGGUAGCAAUUAAGAUAAUAGAUAAAUCACAGUUAGAUGCCAGUAAUCUUCAAAAAGUCUACCGCGAAGUGGAUAUCAUGAAGAGGCUGGACCAUCCUCAUAUUAUUAAGCUUUAUCAAGUAAUGGAGACAAAGAAUAUGAUCUACAUAGUGUCGGAAUACGCGAGCAAAGGGGAAAUAUUUGAUUACAUCGCCAGGUACGGCCGAAUGGCUGAGCAGGCUGCUCGUAGAAAGUUCUGGCAAAUUCUGUCAGCAGUCGAAUAUUGUCACGAGAGGAGGAUCGUGCAUAGGGAUCUCAAGGCGGAGAAUUUGUUACUGGAUGCCAAUAUGAAUAUCAAGAUAGCUGACUUCGGAUUCAGCAAUUAUUACGCCACUGGGGAAUUAUUGGCCACUUGGUGUGGAUCCCCGCCUUACGCCGCGCCAGAGGUCUUUGAAGGAAAACGGUAUACGGGCCCUGAAAUUGACAUAUGGAGCCUGGGGGUAGUGCUGUACGUGUUGGUGUGCGGCGCGUUACCCUUCGACGGCUCCACGCUGCAGUCGCUACGGGACCGCGUUCUGUCUGGAAGAUUUAGGAUACCGUACUUCAUGAGUGAGGAAUGCGAGUCUCUCAUUCGGAAGAUGCUCGUCUUAGAACCUAUGAAGCGGUACACGAUAGAGCAAAUCAAGAAGCACAGGUGGAUGUCCACGGAACCAUACACUGCGCCUUCAGUGGCCGCCGACCCUAUGAGAAGCCCCGCCCACGUGGCACACCACAGCCAGGAACCGAACGAACAAGUCCUGCGAUUGAUGCAGAGCUUGGGCAUAGAUCCAGUCAAAACCAAAGAGAGCCUUCGCUCGAACAGUUACGAUCACCACGCGGCGAUCUACCUGCUACUGUUGGAAAGGCUGAGGGCGAGGGCGGGAGAUAGGAGGAGGAGGCCUUCCUCCGUCGAGGCUAGAGAGGACUCAAGGAGGGAACACCAUAGGUUAUUACACGGCGAACAGUCCCGCGAAUUCCGGGCCCCCACAGACUCGUCUGCCGAGACCCAACGGUUGCUAUCUCUGGCUGCUGUUAAUAUGACUGAACAACGUCUACGAACAGAUCCAGACACUCACAGAAGCUUCCUUGUAGCAAACCUGGACGUAAAGAACCCGGAAAUAGAAUCAAAUAGACUCUCAAUGAGGAACAUCGAGGUGGCGCAAUCCAGUCAACGAUUAGGAAAACUGAAUGAACCAACACAUAGAUUGCUCACAUCCACGUAUGAACAGCAGCAGAAUAUACUGAAACAGUCCAGCGAAGAUUGUAGACGACUGUUGCAGCAAUCGACAACCGUUGGUCCAGAACCCAAUAAGGCUAAUGAUGGAAGGCUUUUGACGUCAUCUAGUUUCGAUUCCAAAUGCGCUAUCGACGGUGGUAGGAAUACUGCGAUGGCUGACCAUAAUGUUAUAGCAAAUUUUCUUCAAAAUUCAGCCUCUGCGACCAACUUCAGCGUGGAGUCCAUGAAAAUACCGAAUUCGACGACUUUCACCAUGUGCUCAGAAGCCGCGAAACUUAUGAACACUUUACAACAAUCGCCGUUACCUCUUAAAGGUACGGUAAAUUUGAGCAGCAGUCCGAUACCAUCCCAAUUUGCCGAGUCGAAGCUAAGCUGUGUUUUAGAACAACAAAAGCCGCUCGAAUCCACUAGAUUGGUCUCACAGGCCCAGCAACAGGAUUUAAAUAGAUUGCAGACAAGUACUCCCCCAUUCAAAGAAUACAUGAACGCUCAUCCGAGUUUUUCCUACCUACAAAACGCAGUUGUACCAUCGGAUGCAAGUUUCUCCAUAUCUUCAACAUCGAAUGAUUUAUUUCCCAACAGCCUCUACAGGCCGGACAGCAAAUUUUCUUUGAAUCGCUACACGACCGGACAAACAUACAACCAAGUACUACCCGCGAACAACGAGCCUACAAAAUUUCAGCAACAGUAUUCUUCCUCGACUGAUGAAGGUUGUGAGACAGAUAUGGAGGACGUUCCCGCUAUACAAAACAGUGUACAAAAUAGACUGAGCUCCUACGCUAGUUCUAGUUCUAGUAGUGGUGUUGUGACAUUUUUUAAUAACAAGAGUCUCAGUCAAAACCUCAGCUGCGAUUCAUCUCAGAGCAAUUUCUCGACAUUCGAAAGUAUUGAUUAUCAGUUGUCAGAUUGUUCGAGUGAAUUGGCUAGUAGUUUACCAAGCUGCACUUCCAACGACGAUAAGGCGACAUAUGAAAACAGUUCAUUAGUAAAUACAAGUCCGAUGCAUCCAUGCGUAUAUAUUUCCUCGUAUAAUAAUAAAAAUAACGGUACAGGAUUCAUUGCGCGUCAUAAUCCAAUCAAUUAUCAGUCUGCUAAUAAAAAUUGUACGCGAGAUAUAACACGAAGUCCCGUCGAUUUUCGUGAAGGUAGACGAGCUAGUGACGGUUUAGUUGCACAACAAGUACAAUCCAGUGAUGCACAGAAAACAACACUAGCAUUCAACAGUCAGAGAUUAAACGAAAGUUGUAAAGCAAAAGGCGUAUUGGAAUUGCAUCUCGUGCAAAAAGAAGCACAGAAAUUGAAAACUCAGUAUCAAUCGUCUCUACCAGCUGAAGAGAUGACUCAAAGGCAAAUCCAGCACAAUCAAUUCGCGGCUACAUUUACACCGCACUUUUUGGAUACCAAAAAUCCCACCCCCAAGCGCAUAAGUCUACCGGAGUCCUUCAACUAUUCGAGUACCUCACCACCUAUGCCGGCUAGUCCUAAAAUGUCACUCCAAGAAGCCGAUUUAACACAUACCUCUCUAUCCCAAGUUAGUAAGCCGCCAUUGCAACAGCAGUUAAUGCAGCACAGACUCUUCCAACAGAAGCGACAGCUGCAGAAACAAAUGACCCCUACCAAUGUACACGAAAUGGGACUCCAUAGUCUUCAAGUCGGUCUCAGCCGAAGACAGAUGCUACGACAACAAAGCUACAAGAUCGCUCAACAGCAACAAAUAUUACCACCAUUACCACUAACAGAAACAGAAAACCGCGAUCUGCUAGCCUUCCAAGCGAUAGUCGAAGAUCCGAACAGAAUCAAGGACGAACAAGAUGAGAAAUUCUCAUAUCAAGGCUCAAUGGAUAUAACUAUACACAAGGACAGGCUUGGCAAUGAGAACUGGUCGAAUUUACCGUCCAGUUUACAAAGCGCCUGUCAGAUAUCCGAUAUGGGAAGGAAAGAGACUUCAACCGAAGGAGAAGGGAUAUGGGGGGGUCACAGUCAGUGGUCGACAACAUUAUUCCAGCCGCAGGCUUGUUUCCAGGUAUUCCAACAAAUCAACUAG